AACCUGUGGACGGACGGACUUUGCCUGCCUGCCAGCGCGCACAGUACUUUCCCGGCGACUUGUCACCGAGCUCCGCUCCGUAUUUUUCUCCUUUCUCGAGCAGCCGUAAAGGAUUCUCGCUUCGCUGCCAUGGCUCGCGUUCUUGUCGGAGUUAAGAGAGUCAUCGACUAUGCUGUCAAGAUCCGAGUGAAGCCUGACAAGUCGGGUGUUGUCACUGAAGGUGUCAAGCACUCCAUGAACCCAUUCGAUGAAAUCGCAGUUGAAGAAGCAGUCAAGAUGAAGGAGAAGAAGUUGGCUGCCGAGGUAGUUGCUGUUUCAUGCGGUCCAUCACAAGCACAGGAAACUCUGAGAACAGCGCUUGCCAUGGGUGCAGACCGAGCAAUUCAUGUUGAAGUUUCAGGAGCAGAGUAUGAAACCUUGCAGCCAAUUCAUGUUUCCAAAAUUCUAGCAAAACUGGCUCAAGAUGAGAAAGCAGAUAUUGUCAUUCUUGGAAAGCAGGCAAUUGAUGAUGACUCAAACCAAACUGCUCAAAUGGUCGCUGGUGUUUUGGACUGGCCUCAAGCUACCUAUGCCUCCAAGGUUGAGAAAAAAGAUGGUGAACUGCAUGUGACCCGAGAGAUUGAUGGCGGUCUUGAGAAUAUCAAAGUAAAGUUGCCUGCUGUACUCAGCGCUGACCUGCGUUUGAACGAGCCCCGUUAUGCCACAUUGCCCAAUAUCAUGAAAGCUAAGAAGAAGCCUCUGAAGAAAGUGACAGCAAAGGAUCUGGGAGUGGACCUUGCCCCCAGAAUCCAGAUCAUCAGUGUUGAAGAGCCUCCAGUAAGGCAAGCUGGCUCCAUUGUUGGGGAUGUUGACACUCUUGUAUCUAAACUGAAAGAAUCUGGCCAUGUAUAAUUGAUCUGUUGUAUUGCUUUUUGUUGUAUCUGUAUCCACAUCAUGUAUUUGCGAUCACUGCUCUAGUGCCAUCUGAGGUGAAACAAAGACAUUUUGGUCAUAUUCUUUUAAGUGUUAAUAUGUAUUCAUAGAUAAAUAUUUUUUACUGCUCUUUUAUCCCAUUGUACAUGAAAUCCAAAAAGCAAUGUGUAUGUUGAAAUUUGUCUCAAUUAUAUGAAUGUACAGAAUAAAUAUUAGGAAAAAUAAUACCAA